ACCCGACAUUCUUUUCGAACGUUUCAAAGGACAUUUGGCGGUUGAAUCGGACAAGGCAGGCAGUCUUUGUGAUUUCUGAACACAGUUUAACAUUUUUCGCACAAUCCACAAUGAGGGAGAUUGUUCAUUUGCAAGCCGGCCAGUGUGGAAAUCAAAUAGGCGCGAAGUUUUGGGAGGUGAUAAGUGAUGAACAUGGCAUUGACCCUACUGGCACCUAUCACGGAGACAGUGAUCUACAACUGGAAAGAAUAAAUGUCUACUUCAAUGAGGCAACUGGUGGGAAAUAUGUCCCUCGUGCCAUCCUUGUGGAUUUGGAGCCUGGAACCAUGGAUUCUGUCCGUUCAGGGCCAUUUGGUCAAAUCUUCCGGCCUGACAACUUUGUCUUUGGUCAGAGUGGCGCUGGAAACAACUGGGCAAAAGGUCAUUACACAGAGGGAGCGGAACUAGUGGAUUCUGUGCUAGAUGUUGUCAGGAAGGAAGCAGAGAGCUGCGACUGUCUACAGGGAUUCCAGCUUACACAUUCUUUAGGUGGUGGCACAGGAUCAGGCAUGGGAACUUUGUUGAUUAGUAAGAUUCGUGAAGAGUACCCAGACCGCAUCAUGAAUACCUUUAGCGUAGUCCCCUCCCCUAAAGUGUCAGAUACAGUGGUAGAGCCUUAUAAUGCAACCUUGUCUGUCCAUCAGUUAGUUGAGAAUACAGAUGAAACAUACUGCAUUGACAAUGAAGCCCUGUAUGAUAUCUGUUUCCGCACCCUGAAGCUAACCACUCCCACGUACGGCGACCUCAACCAUUUGGUUUCUGCUACCAUGAGUGGUGUCACCACCUGCCUUCGUUUCCCAGGACAGCUGAAUGCAGAUCUUCGCAAGCUGGCAGUAAACAUGGUACCCUUUCCCCGUCUGCACUUCUUUAUGCCUGGUUUUGCUCCCCUCACCAGCCGUGGCAGCCAGCAGUACCGUGCCCUCACCGUGCCUGAACUCACCCAGCAGAUGUUCGACGCCAAGAACAUGAUGGCUGCUUGCGACCCUCGUCACGGACGCUACCUGACGGUAGCAGCCAUCUUCCGUGGCCGCAUGUCCAUGAAGGAGGUGGAUGAGCAGAUGUUGAAUGUCCAGAACAAGAACAGCAGCUACUUUGUCGAGUGGAUCCCCAAUAACGUGAAGACGGCUGUUUGUGACAUUCCACCUCGGGGUCUCAAGAUGUCCGCCACAUUCAUUGGUAACAGCACAGCCAUUCAAGAGCUGUUCAAACGCAUCUCGGAGCAGUUCACAGCCAUGUUCCGCCGCAAGGCCUUCUUGCACUGGUACACCGGAGAGGGCAUGGAUGAGAUGGAGUUCACAGAGGCCGAGAGCAACAUGAAUGACCUGGUUUCUGAGUACCAGCAGUACCAGGACGCCACUGCCGAGGAGGAGGGCGAGUUUGAGGAGGGUGAAGAGGACAUCGAGUGAAGAUUCUUCCGACUGUUCCGACUGAUUCUUCCGACUGAUUAUUUGAUUGUUCUGAUUGUUCUCUUUGAUUGUUUUAUGUUCCCUUGUGUAUGUGUUCACUUUGUAUUAAAACUCGAGAAACCA